UCAGCUCCCUUAGUGGGGAGAGAGGUAGAGAGAGAGAAAGGGGCGCUCUUUCAGAAAAGGAGAAGAGAAUAAAGGCUUGUUCUGCGAAUUAUGGUGACAUUUGUUGAGGCGGGGCUCCUGCCUUGGGUCCUUGCGGUGGCCUUAGCCAUCUUGAUUCUUGGGUUGCUCGACAAGAGGAGGGGAGGGAAGAGCAGAAGAUUGCCGCCCGGAAGCAAUGGGUGGCCCUUUCUUGGAGAAACAAUAGCGUAUCUGAAACCCCAUGUGGCCACUUCCAUGGGCGACUUCAUGGAACAGCACAUCUCAAGGUUUGGAAAGAUUUACAGAUCGAAUCUGUUCGGGGAGCCGACGAUCGUCUCGGCGGAUGCUGAAUUCAACCGCUACAUAUUGCAGAACGAGGGUCGUCUCUUCGAGUGUAGCUACCCGAAGAGCAUACCGGACAUACUGGGCAGGUGGUCGAUGUUAGCGUUGGUGGGAGACAUGCACAGAGACAUGAGAGCGAUCGCCGUCAACUUCAUGAGCAGCGCCAGGCUUAGGAGCCAGUUCCUGCGGGAGAUGGAAGCUCACACCUUGAUAGUCUUGAGUUCCUGGGAAGACGGUCACACCUUCUCUGCUCACGAAGAAGCCAAAAGGUUUACAUUCAAUCUGAUGGCGAAGCAGAUACUGAGCAUCGAACCCGGGAGGGAUGAAACCGAGAUGCUGAAGAGGGAAUACUUCACGUUCAUGAAAGGCGUCAUCUCCGCUCCCAUCAACCUCCCCGGAACCGCAUAUCGGAGAGCGCUCAAGUCCAGAACGAACAUACUCCGAGUGCUCGAGCGCGAAAUGGAGAAAAGGACGGAGAAGGCGAAGGGAGAGACGAGGACGACCGGGGUUGAAGCGGACGAUGACGAGGACCUCCUCACUUGGGUAAUGAGGCAAACCAACCUUCCGACGGAACAGAUACUCGACCUCAUACUGAGUCUGCUCUUCGCCGGCCACGAGACAUCGUCCAUUGCAAUCUCUUUGGCCAUCUACUUCCUGCAAGGCUGUCCUCGGGCAAUGAAACAAUUACGGGAGGAACAUCUUCAAGUUCAUAGGCUGAAGAAGCAGGGGACCGAUCUUCAACUCAGCUGGGAAGACUAUAAGCGCAUGGAAUUCACUCAUUGUGUCAUCAACGAGACUCUUAGACUUGGAAACGUCGUUAGUUUUUUGCACAGGAAAGCUCUCCGAGACGUCAGAUUCAAAGGGUUCGACAUCCCGUCGGGAUGGAAAGUUCUUCCGGUCUUCACUGCGGCGCAUUUAGACCCUUCCAUCUACGACAACCCGCAGCAGUUCAAUCCAUGGAGAUGGCUGCAGGCCGAAGAGCAGCAGCAGGUGGGGGAAGGAAGAAGCAAUGGCGUGAAGAUGAUGGUGAAUUUGAUGGCGUUCGGAGGGGGGCCGAGGCUGUGCGCGGGGAUGGAGCUGGCGAAGCUGGAGAUGGCGAUCUUCCUCCACCACAUGGUGCUCAACUUUCAGUGGGAGCCCUUCGAGCAGGAUCACCCCCUCGCCUUCCCCUUCAUCGAAUUCCCCAAAGGCCUCCCCAUUAGGGUCCACAAGCUUCCUGCCACCACAGUCGAUUGGAAUCCAUGAGUGGGAAUGGAUUCAUAUUUACAGUAUUAAAUAAAUAAACACCAACAUCUCCUCUAUCAAUCUCUCCGUCUCGCCGCCUUUGUUUACUUAGAAUCGAAGAUUCAACGUGUAUAUUCCAAGUUCUUCGUCAUGAAAAGAUCUAUGGCCCUUUCUUUCUGCGUUUCUUUCUCUCUCUCUUCCUACUUGUAAUCGAUGAAUUUGAGUGAUAUUAAUCAUCUUAAAUUUACA